UCUCUCUCCGUCAUAACCGCGCUCGUAUCGCAAGUGAGGAAGAAGUAAAAAAACUUUGGAUUCCCGGGCCUGUUCUCCCGUAACCAAGGAAAGAUCUUCAAAGGUUAGUGGAUGUAUGGCUGGAAGGACUUGGAAAGUCGGAUCUAUCAUCUGCGAUCGUUUUUUUAUGGGAGAUGUGGUGCGGACAUGAUUAUAUUAAGCGUUUCAGCACUUCAAGAUCCAUUAAUCACAAUCAAAUCCGGAACCUCAUUGAUUUUCGGCAUCGGAUGAUGGGAGGGAUUUAUGGCUUCCAAUAGAGACCGGUGUAGUGGGGGAAUUCCUAGUUGGUCUAAGCAAGUUUGUGGGAUCUAUCGUUGCCCUCGGAACGGUCAAUUUAUCCGUUAAUUCUGGAGCAAGUAAAAAAAAACAAGCUCUGUACAUGUGUUCACGGUGUGGGGGUCCUGUCACACGGACGCAAGGGGAUCUCUAGACACAUUUACCGCCGUACGGCUUUAGCGAUGCAUCUGCCUCACUCAUUGAUGGUCAAUCUUCUUUUUUUCCCAUACCUGUUCUUCCCCUUGAUAUGUACUCACGUUGGUCUGUUAUUUAAGAGAUACUGACCCUACCUCACGACCACCUUGUUCUCAUCCAUUUCUGACUUCCCUGAGAGGUUCAGCCACGGAUAUACUUGCCGCGCUCGCAUCAUCGGUUGUAGCAUGGCCUAUGACGACUCGAGUCGUCGCUCUGACAGCUCUAUGACUGGUACCGACAAGACAUCCCAACCACCUUCUCCCAUAUCAGAAGAAAAAGGGAGAGGUAGUCCCAUCCCUAGUACGCUCGUUGUUGGAGACCAAUUGAAGGAGGGAGGUAAUGCGCUAGAGAGCGGAACGGUCGCGCCGCCAGACUUCCCAGAGGGUGGUUGGGAGGCCUGGUUGACUGUAUUAGGCGGGUGGAUGGUCUUGUUCUGUACUGCUGGCUCGAUGCAAUCCUUUGGAGUCUACCAGAACUAUUACACCUUGGUCUCGUUAACCGACCACCCACCAUCGGACGUUUCUUGGAUAGGAUCAGUUCAGGCUUGCCUUAUGUUUGGUGGAGGGAUCAUCAGUGGGAAAUUGUUCGAUAGCGGAUUGUUUAAGUAUAUGUUGGCGGGAGGGAGUUUACUAUUCGUGUUCUCAUCAUUUAUGUUAUCGCUCGUCAAACCUCAUCAUUAUUAUCAGAACUUCCUGGCACAAGGAAUCGGUAUGGGACUCAGCAUGGGCUUACUGUUUAUGCCCACACUUUCGAUCGCUUCUCAUUACUUCAGAAAACGACGGGCGUUUGCGAUGGGUAUUAUGUUAAGUGGCGGGUCGCUGGGAGCAGCCAUCUACCCCAUACUGCUGAAUCCUCUUUUCAUGGGCAAAGUUGGCUUCGCGUGGGGCGUGAGGGCUGCAUCAUUCCUCAACCUCGGCUUCUUCAUAAUAGCGAACGUAAUUAUGAAAACCCGCCUUCCUCCACGGACAAACAAGAAACCUGUCGAUAUGAAAGGGAUCUUCACGGACGUACCCUACCUGAUCUGUAAUGCAGGGUCUUUCCUCGUGUUUUGGGGCUUGUUCGUACCCUACUUCUAUCUCCAACUGUUUGCUGCGAAGCACCAUAUGUCACCGGCCGUCGUGACCUACGGAAUCACUGUCCUGAAUAUCGUUGGCGUAAUCGGUCGGACCGUUCCAAACUUGUUCGCUGAUAUGUGGGGUCCAUUCAACGUUACAAUCACGAUGGCUAUCAUCACGGGCUCUUUGGUAUUUGCACUCCUGGGGGCGACUACAGGAGCAGGUCUGAUACCCUUCGCGGUCAUAUACGGCUUUACCUCCGGUGGAUUUGUAUCUGUGUUAGGUCCAGUGGCGGCAACUUUUGCUCGUGACCUUAAUGAAGUAGGACUCAGGAUGGGCAUUGUCACCUUUAUCUCCAGCUUCGCCAUGCUGACCGGUAGCCCAAUAUCCGGUGCAUUAUUACACUCUCCGGAGUAUGUAUGGCAUCGUCCUGUUAUUUUUAGCGGGGUUACGGUUCUCAGCGGUGCUGCGCUACUAUUAAUAGCAAGAUCGAUGCAGGCGAAACGAAAGAAGACAUGGAGAGUCUAGUACUUUUGAGCACGACUUUUCUUGAAUGCGGCAACUUGGAAGAUUUACUACUAGGAUGAAGGGAUAUUCCCGAUUUUCUCCCACUCCCUCUACCUCAGACAGUGUAUUUUUAUCAUGACUCCGUAAAGAGCACGAUCACGGACCCUUUGAAUCAU